GUCCCAUUGUAACUCUUUCUUUUUGUUGAAAAAUCAAAACCCUAGUUUGAUUUGGAAAAUCUCCCCUCCCUAACCCUACUGCCAGCAUACAAACCCACAUAUAUGAUCUAACUCAAAUCUGCAAUGGGGCGGAGAAAAGAAUUGCAAACAUCAACAGGCAAAGCGGAUAUGAUUUCGGAUUUACCUGAACAUAUUAUUCAUAAUAUUCUAUUAUUACUUCCAAUCAAAUAUGCCGCUAGAAGCAUUGUGUUGUCUAAAAGAUUCAGGGUUGCUUGGCAUUCUUUUCCGAUUGUUGACAUCGACUUCACACAAUUUCCAAUCAAUACUUCAUUAGACCAGUUCUUGGAUUUUGUGCGUGAUUCUCUCCAACGUCGUGCACCGAAUAUUUGUUUAGAGAAGUUCAGGCUACUGGUUUUACUUGGUGGUAGUGUGGAGGCUGACAGUCGAAUUGAUGGGGCGAUAAAUUAUGCGAUCGAGCACAAGGUGAAAGAAUUAGAUCUACAGUUUCUGCACAACAAUGUUUACAACGAUUUAUACUACAGAUUGCCGUCGGUUUUGUUUCCUGUGGAUUCACUCAAGGUUUUGAAGCUAAAAGGGUUCAAUUUGGAGAAACUGGAUCUCGAAAAGUUUCCUUCGCGUGAAGAACUGAGUCUCAUAAGCUGUGGAAGGUUGAAAAUUUUGAGGGUUUCAAAUGAUCAACUUAAAACCUUGGAGGUGAAAAGCUGUGCCGGGCUAUUGCGGAUUGAUAUUUCAGAGUCAAAUCUUCGAUCGUUUUCAUUCACAGGAAAACGUUCGGGCGGUGGAGUGGAGUACCAGAAUUGCAAGAUUAACCAAGGCGACUGUCACUCGCUUACCAAUCUAGAAAUAAGGGGAGCUUCAAGGAUUACCAGUGAGUGGUUUAAAAACCAUGUUUCUAAGCUUUUUUUGCUUGAGAAUUUGAUUCUGUGUGAGUGUAACAGAUUGAGAAAAAUAUACAUUCCUAAUCCUGAAGUAAAAGUAGUGGAGAUUAGAAAGUGUGCCGCAUUAGAAAAGAUUGAAAUUGUUGCUCAUAAUGUUCAAUCUUUCGUGUAUAUUGGGCAGUCGAGACCGUGUGAAAUUAAGAUCACAGCCUGUAGGUUCAUUAGGAACCUUCAGUUAGACAGCGCUAAUGUAGAUGAUAGGUGGGUUGAAGAAAGGCUAUCUCAAUUACCUCUUCUUGAAAGCCUUCGGUUGAGCUACUGUGAUAGGUUGAGAAAUCUUCAGGUUUCUCAUCAACAACUCAAAAGUUUCCAGUUGAUCACUUGCUCCAUAUUGGAGAAAGCAGUAAUCUAUGCUCCAAAUCUCAUUUCCUUCAGCUAUGAGGGUAAAGUGCUACAGUCGCCAUUAUCGAUUGAUUCUCCUCAGUUAGAAGCUGAACUCGUACUGGAUUACGGUAGACAUUUGACCUCAACAGAAGACUGGUACAACGAACUGAGAGAUUUUUUGGGAUACUUCGAUCAUUGCAAGUUGUUGAUACUUAACUGCAUUGCGAGAAGAAGUCUUUGCCCUAGUUUUUUGAUUUUCCCUGAAGAUCUGAGAGAAACUUUACUUCCACCAUUGUUUGAUAUCAAGCAUCUGAAGAUAAUAAUAGACUCACAACCGAGGGAUAUAGUAAGUUUGGUGGAUGGCUUGCUUUGGCUUUCUCCUCUUUUAGAGACCAUGUCCAUUAUUGUUUCAGGCUCUAAUGGUAGAGAGAACUCCUUAAAGUUCGAAUAUGCUAAGCCUUCAGCUCUGGGAAAGAAGGACCUAGUCUGCUGCCAUUCACGGAUUAUAAAGUGUUGGCGACAUCAGUUGAAAAAAGUUUCGAUGGAAAACUUUCGCCAUGGUGAUAAGCUGAGGCUCAUGGAUUAUUUUGGAACAAAUGCAAUGAGGUUGGAAAUUAUAGAAACCUGAUGCUACUGACUGUGACACUAUUUCUCAUGAUGCUGCUCAACAUGAGCACUUUUAAGCUACAUGUAACAAAGCAUAGUCGGGUAGUCAACAUUUUGAGACUUGUGUAAUUUAUGUGCAAUAUGAAUGCCAUCUAUACAUGUAUCCCGUUGUUCUAGUUUUCAAAACUUGCAUAUUUCCCAUUUGAAAUUUGGAUUAGGUAACUUUAAUGUCAAACUUUUUUGGAUGUUGGUGUA